AUGUAUUAUGUUGGUUUAGAUACUGAUAAGAAAUUCAAUUUACCUGGGUUUUGGCCAGAUCCAUCCACAUUAAAUCAAAUUCCAAAAGAACCUCAUGAAAUUCAAGCGGAAAUUGCUCGUAUAAGACGAGCUAGAAUUGAAAAGAGAAAGAGAUUAGAAGAAAAAGCAAGAGAAUUAGGUAUAACUGAAGAUGAUGUAGAAGAAGAAGAAAAUGAAUCAACUAUUGUUGAAAAAGGUGAAUCAAAUCAACUUGUAUGA